AUGAGUUUCUUCUCUAAUCUGCCGGCAACGGCUACCUCUAACAGUGGGGAGGGAGUAUCCUCGUUAUUCCCGACUAUAUUUGAAAUAGUUUCCUCACAAGAGAUAGAUGAGCUCUUGCCAGCAUCAAUACGUUACAUACUCACGAAUUACUGGAUCUCCAGAUACCCCAGUUGGACAACAUUGCAAGUGAAUAACUACUUUGAAGAAUGGUUUGGCGUCGGAGUACAAGGUCUUGUUGAAUGGUACCAUAUCGACAAGUAUAACUCCACAUUUGUAGACAAAUUUUAUGGUUUGCAACGGUUUAACAAUAGUGACCCAGUAUUAACGCAGGCACAAGCUAUAAGGCAGGCACGAGAGGCAGGUAACCCAAAUUUACAAUGGCCUAAAUCCUUACAGCUGACUAAUGGACAGAAAAGAGUGGUGUUUUUACAGAAGAUAAUUUUACCAUAUAUCAGUCACAGACUUUCUGAAGUCUAUAAUAAACUAAAGUCUAGAAUUGCCAUGUUAUCCACCGAGUUAGAUGAUGAGACUGGUGGGGCAGAUAAAAAGACCAAGUUAAAGAGAUUUGUUAUAAAAUGGUUUGUCAGACUUUACCCUUUGUGGAACAGCUUAACAUCUUUGUUAAACAUGGUUGUUAAAUUAGCAUUUUUGACCGGUAGAACUGGUUCUAUGACUUUCUUAGAAUACUUAUUCAAGAUAGAAUAUACAAGAAUGACACUACCACUGGAGAAUGGUAGUAUUUCACCUUCUAAAACGCUCAAAAAUAAUGAAAGGCCAACUAGAACAAAUAUGUCCUCUAUCAGAGGCAUUUUUGAGUCCGCUAUUGGUUCAUUAGGAGGUAUGGCGGGACUUACAGGUUCUCAGUUAUUCCCUGCAUUCAUAUUUAUGUUACGAGUUUACCAAUGGUGGAACACUGAAGACCUUACGACAAAAUUACAGAAAAAACUUAACGACAUAGAUAAAGACAUACCAAGACCACCAAACGCGCACAUAUCAGAAGAAGCAUCUAAUGAUAGUUUUGAAGACUCUGAAAUGAGUCAGAUCUCUGAAAAAAUAGGCACUAAAAAGAGUGAUAUUUGUCCAAUAUGUAAAGACUCCAUCGAGAAUCCUUGUGUCCUUGAGACUGGUUACGUUACGUGUUAUGCAUGUGCAUUAGAUUAUAUCCCCAAACAUGAAGGUCGCUGCCCUGUGACUGGUAAGCGUCUUCUUGGGUGCCAAUUUGAUUCUGAAAGUGGAGAAUGGAAAGUUGUUACAGGUAUCAGAAGACUUCUAGUAUAA